AUGAAACAGAAAAUAAUAGCUACUCACUAUAAGUUCACGUCCACACCUGGGUUUGUGUACCAAUACAUGGACCUAAAUAUAAGUAGUUCACUCAAACCAACAGUACGUCCGGCUGAGAAACCCCCACCGCGGAGAAUCCCUCACUGGGGAGAGCCCCCACCGCGGAGAAUCCCUCACUGGGGAGAGACUCCACCGCAGAGAAUUCCUCACUGGGGAGAGCCCCCACCGCGGAGAAUCCCUCACUGGGGAGAGCCCCCACCACGGAGAAUCCCUCACUGGGGAGAGCCCCCACCGCGGAGAAUCCCUCACUGGGGAGAGCCCCCACCGCUGAGAAUCCCUCACUGGGGAGAGCCCCCACCGCGGAGAAUCCCUCACUGGGGAGACCCCCCACCGCGGAGAAUCCCUCACUGGGGAGAUCCCCACCGCGGAGAAUCCCUCACUGGGGAGAUCCCCACCGCAGAGAACCCUUCACCGCCAGACAAAACGAUGAACAUUAAACACUUGUACAUACAAGCAUGA